AUGAGACAACCCUUGUCCCAAAAGACAGCCCUUGUCCCUAAAAGACAGCCCUUGUCCCUAAAAGACCCCCCUAAAAGAUCCCUAAAGCAACCUUUGUCCCUAAAAGACAGCCCCUCGCCCCCAAAAAAACAGCCCUCGCCCCCGCCCCCAAAAGACAGCCCUCGCCCCCAAAAAACAACAACCUUUGUCCCUAAAAGACAGCCCUCGCCCCCAAAAGACAGCCCUCGCCCCCAAAAGACAGCCCUCGCCCCCAAAAGACAGCCCUUCGCCCCAAAAGACAGCCCUCGCCCCCAAAAGACAGCCCUUGUCCCCAAAAGACAGCCCCCCCAAAAACAGCCCUCCCCAAAAGACAGCCCUCGCCCCCAAAAGACAGCCCUUGUCCCCAAAAGACAGCCCUCGCCCCCAAAAGACAGCCCUCGCCCCCAAAAGACAGCCCUCGCCCCCAAAAGACAGCCCUUGUCCCCAAAAGACAGCCCUCGCCCCAAAAGACAGCCCUCCCCAAAAGACAGCCCUUGUCCCCAAAAGACAGCCCUUGUCCCCAAAAGACAGCCCUCGCCCCCAAAAGACAGCCCUCGCCCCCAAAAGACAGCCCUUGCCCCCAAAAGACAGCCCUUGUCCCCAAAGACAGCCCUUGUCCCCAAAAGACAGCCCUCGCCCCCAAAAGACAGCCCUUGCCCCCAAAAGACAGCCCUUGUCCCAAAAAGACAGCCCUCGCCCCCAAAAGACAGCCCUUGUCCCCAAAAGACAGCCCUCGCCCCAAAACAAAAAGACAGCCCUUGUCCCCAAAAGACAGCCCUCGCCCCCAAAAGACAGCCCUUGUCCCCAAAAGACAGCCCUCGCCCCCAAAAGACAGCCCUCGCCCCCAAAAGACAGCCCUUGUCCCCAAAAGACAGCCCUUGUCCCCAAAGACAGCCCUUGUCCCCAAAAGACAGCCCUUGUCCCCAAAAGACAGCCCUUGUCCCCAAAGACAGCCCUCGCCCCCAAAGACAGCCCUCCCCCAAAAGACAGCCCUUGUCCCCAAAGACAGCCCUUGUCCCCAAAAAGACAGCCCUCGCCCCCAAAAGACAGCCCUUGUCCCCAAAAGACAGCCCUCGCCCCCAAAAGACAGCCCUCGCCCCCAAAAGACAGCCCUGUCCCCCAAAAGACAGCCCUUGUCCCCAAAAGACAGCCCUUGUCCCCAAAAGACAGCCCUUGUCCCCAAAAGACAGCCUUGUCCCCAAAAGACCCUCGCCCCCAAAAGACAGCCCUUGUCCCCAAAAGACAGCCAAACCCCAAAAAGACAGCCCUUGCCCCCAAAAGACAGCCCUUGUCCCCAAAAGACAGCCCUUGUCCCCAAAAGACAGCCCUCGCCCCCAAAACAAAAGACAGCCCUCGCCCCCAAAAGACAGCCCUCCCCAAAAAGACAGCCCUUGUCCCCAAAAGACAGCCCUUGUCCCCAAAGACAGCCCUUGUCCCCAAAAGACAGCCCUUGUCCCCAAAAGACAACCCUUUUCCCCAAAAGACAACCCUUUUCCCCAAAAGACAACCCUUUCCCCCAAAAGACAACCCUCGCCCCCCUCGCGCCAAAGCAACCCGAGGCAGAGGAGGAGAUUCAGACCAGACGUCGCCCUGGCCAGAUGCGCCAACAGCAGGCGUUCUGAACUGGCGUGGGGCGACUGCAAGUUCAAAAUCUGUCUCUAG